AUGGUACCAAUACUGCAAUCUGCAACAUGCCGUGUCGCGGAGACAGAUCCACCAGAUGCCUGUGAGUUCGGCAAUCGCAGCUAUCAAACCCAAAGGAACCGAAGCCGCAGUGUUUACAUUCGCGAGCUUCUCGCUACGCCAACGGCCGCUGUGGCGAGGCCGUUCGCUCCAGCCACAUCGAGUGGCUGGCAUUCAGCGGGGCGGACGGCUGUCUCCUCGUGCGCCUCGAUUGCGGUGCCUCAACAGCAGCACCCAUUCAAGUCCAAUAUAUUGCCCUACGCUGUCGCCGACCACACAGCAAAACAGUGGCUAUGGCAUCGAAUACGAUGCAACCUCCACCGAAGAAGAUGGCUCGCUGAGCCCAUGAUACAAUACGGCUGGCCGAUACAUUCUGUGUGCUCCCGUGUUGGGCUCCCCGCAGAAAGCGAGUCUCAACCAGCAUCUAUCAAGCCAACACCGCACACGCCGUGGCAGCCACCACCAUCGAUCUACGAAAAGAAAAAAAGCAUGCGAUAA